AUGCCGCUGGUGGGAACAGCAGUCCUUACUUUAGGAUUCACCCCAGCCAUGAGAGAGCUCGGGAUGCUCAGUGACCUAUCGUGGGCCUUUUCUGGCUCCAUGGCAGACAGUUCUAGGCAGGAGAAGGGAGUUCUAGGUUCUGCUCCCACAAUCCUCACCAGAGACUCUGCGACUACUCAAGUGGAUGGAGUUGUCUAUUACAGAAUCUAUAGUGCUGUCUCGGCCGUGGCUAAUGUCAACGAUGUCCACCAAGCUACGUUUCUGCUGGCUCAGACCACUCUAAGAAAUGUCUUGGGAACACAGACCUUGUCCCAAAUCUUAGCUGGCAGAGAAGAGAUCGCCCAUAACAUCCAGACGAUACUUGAUGAUGCCACCGAGCUGUGGGGGAUCCGAGUGGCCCGAGUGGAAAUCAAAGAUGUCCGGAUUCCUGUGCAGUUGCAGAGGUCCAUGGCAGCUGAGGCCGAGGCCACCCGGGAAGCAAGGGCCAGGGUAAGGGCUACUCCGUCUACACUGGAGGGCAAGCUGGCUCACCUUGGAGCAGACGAGGAUAGAGCUUGAAUGGAAAAUCAGGCUCCCUUAAUUAUUUUGAUAAGAAAAGUGUUUCUGUUUUACAGUUUUGACUGAGAAUUGCCCCCUGAUUUAAAAGGUAAUGGGCAGCCUAACGUACUUCGAGGAAGCUUGGUAACAGGUCUUGGGUCAAGGGGGCACUCGGCAACUUGCUCAGUGACUUAGCAAGGUGAGUCCCAACUCUGGCUGCACAUGAGUUUCCUAGAGAGAAUUGAACUCAGCAAACACCAGUUCCCAGGCCUCACCUCAGACUCGGUGAGCAGAGUCCCAGUGGGCCCAGGAACCUGCAUUUUUAUAAAGCUGGUGAUUCUGAUGUAGCCAACUUUGUGCUCGUCUUUUGAGCAUCUUUGUUCUAAUGUGUUAAGUGUACUGGAUGAAAAGAGGGAUGAUUAAGUACAAUCCAGGUUAGAAUUACAAAAUGUAAGCACACCCUGGCCUCGAGUGUUCUUGCAUCUGUGGGAU